AAUGUGCUCCACAGUAGAUGCUGCUAAGUGAUGGAGCCGCCUGCUUGAUGUGUGCAGCACUUUUCUCUCCACUUUUUAGAGCAACAAGUGGAUUAUGGACGAGUCGAUCUCCGGCGUGAGAGAGGAAAGGGGCGCCUGCACCUGAACAACACAAAGCGAAUGACGCAUCUGUGCCAGACGCGCAGUGGGGAUGGAUACCGGCAAUUUCCUCGCGGGAUUUUGCUUUUUCCUGCUGUCGCUCAAUGGGAUCAUCUCCUCCUCACCGGCGACAAGCUUUUGUCCCGACCGCUGUGACUGUCAGCACCCGCAGCACCUCAUGUGCACCAACCGCGGGUUGCGCGCUGUGCCCAAACCUACCGCGCGGGUGUCCGAGGAGAUACUGAUCUUCAGCCUUGGGGGUAACUUCAUCAGUAAUAUUUCUGCCUUCGACUUCACACGUUUCAGUAACCUCAUACGGUUGAAUUUACAGUACAAUCAAAUACAAACUAUUCACCCAAAAGCAUUUGAGAAACUCUCCAAGUUGGAAGAGCUGUACUUGGGACAUAAUCUUUUAUCAAAUAUACCCGCUGGGACUUUACAAUCCCUGAAGAAAUUAACUAUUCUCUGUGGAAAUGAUAAUGAAAUUAAGAAAAUCACGCCGGAGCUUUUUGCCAAUUUGGAAACUCUUGUUAAAUUGCGUCUGGAUGGCAACUCAAUAGAAGCACUGCAGGACUCUGUUUUUAAAAGUUUGCCCAACUUACAUUAUCUCCACCUGGAAUCCAACAAACUGCGGCACAUUCACAGAAACGCUUUCUCUAAACUCACCAACCUGCGCUUUCUAAACUUGGCCCACAACAAGCAGUCAGCCGUGCGCAAUGCCCUCACUUUCUCCCAACUCAAAGCCCUGACAACUCUGCUGCUGUCUGAAAAUGAAAUCGAGUACGUUGGUAACCACGUCUUCCAAAAUCUGAAAAAGCUGUCCAAACUGUCCCUGAGCAACAACAAGAUCUCUCGCCUGGAAAGCGGGGCUCUGAGGGGGCUGUCAAGCCUUAGAGAGCUUCUGAUUGACGGCAACGAGCUGGAGGAAAUCCCCGCCGGUCUCCUGGACUCUCUGGAGCGCGCAGAGGAGCUGGACUUCAGUCGCAACCGGAUAUCCAGCGUGGACUCUUUGGCUUUUAAGCAACUUAAACAUCUGCGGGUGCUGAAACUGGAGAACAACAUGCUCACCAGCCUGUCCGGGGACAUUUUUGCCCUCAACAACGUGCUUUACGACCUGGAUCUCCAUGGCAACAACUGGACGUGCGACUGUCGCCUGGAGGAGCUGAAGAGAUGGAUGACUAAUGUGCAUUCUCAGGGCAAAUUGUUGACUGUAUUUGUAAAGUGUCAUCACCCAGCGACUCUUAGGGGGAAAUAUUUGGACUAUGUGAACAGCUCCCAGCUGCAGCCCCUGGGGAACUGGACCCAGUUGUGCAGGAGCCAAGCUGGGCCUGAGGAGAGCCGGGGAGGGGAGGUGUUGGUGAAGGUGGAGGGGAAAGAAAUAGGAAUGGUGGAUACAAUAAAUCAGGAGGAGGGAGGUGAAGAGGGCCAGGUGGAGGAGACAGAAGUUGUGAAUUUUAGGCCGGGCAUCAUUAUGAGAAAAGAGGGUGAAAAAAGGAAGAGAGAGGGACAAGAGGAAGUGGGAAUCCAAGGAGACGAAGGGGGUCCAGUGGUGGCAGCGCCAUCUUCUUUGGAAAGAAAGAAGCCAAAGAAAGAGUCACUCAGCCUGAGGUCACAACCUGCUGCAGACACUGCUGGGAAACGUGCCAAAGGUAGACGAAGGUCAAAUGUCAUGGCUAGAACCGAUCCACCUGCUACUUCCACACCAACUCAUGCUGCAAACCAGGACCGAACCACCACCAAUCCGAACAAAGGGUUCACCACCGCUUCUCCGCUCCAGUCAGGAGAAAAGUUUGACCUUCUGAGGUCAGAUCAGGAGGAGGUUUUACCUGUAAUCACAGAUCCUUGUGUGUUCAACCGCCAUUUCAUUACUAAUGUUUCAGUGGAUCAAGUGACAUCAGAUACCGUCACCAUCCACUGGACCACCAGGGAUCAUCACCGCUACACACCAGGAACAGUGGUGGGCCGAGAUGAGGUCCACUUUCGAAUUCUGUUUGACCGCUUUGGCACUCCAGAUCGCUUUCCCCGCUAUGUUUACGCUCGUGGUACAGCUCGCUCCGUCACCCUUCGAGAACUCAGUUCAGAUGUGACCUACAUGGUGUGCGUGGAGGGAGUAGUCGGAGGAUCUGUGUGUCAAGUUGCGCCCCGGGACCACUGUGCUGGGCUGGUCACUCUUCCUGAGGGGCUCAGCCGUGGAGCCAUGCUGACCUCUGAUCUCCAGCUGGUGACAGUGGCCACGCUGGCCGGGAACGCCGUGUUGCUGCUCGUCAUUGGUGGGGUCUGGCUAGGGCGGAGCCUGAAGAGGAGGCUGCAGAGGAGGAAGACAGCAGUGCACGUGCGGCACAUGUACUCCACCAGGCGACCGUUUCGGCCCGCUGUGGCGACCGCCUCAGUGUCCGCUGACUUCACCAGCUACCAAAGCAGCCGUCCAGCUCGGCUCGCACCACUGGAGGAAGGGGACCUCAUUGAGUUCCCUUGUGACCGCUUUCUGGAUGGCAACAGUGUUCACAGAGACAGUGACAUGCAGAGAUUCUCCGACUAGAGCCAUGAAAACUCUAAAUAUGUUGAUUGGUUUGUGCUGCAAAAUACAAAGUCCUCUCUCGACACACCUCUGUAUCAUAAUAAAAACAUGGGUGUGUUUGUGAACAAACCAAGUCAACAAUCUCACAGUUUUAUGUUUUUGUUUCUUGUUUGUCCACAAGAAAACUUUUAAACUGACAAUAGAACAGCUGAGCUCAUCAGUGCCUUUUCCGACACCAGAGGAAGUCCAAUCCCUCUGACUUCCUCUUCCUGCUUUGUGCCUCUCCUCUUUAGUUUCCUUGCACCUGUGAGUGCUACUUAAUGUGUGAUUUGUUGUGUGAAAGCAUAAUGAUUGCUCACUGAUUUCAACUAUGGUGCUAAUGUUGAGUUUAUAGACAUCAUAUUGUCUCAUAUUUGUACAGUAAUGAUGGCUGCUGGUUGGCAGAAAAAAACACUUGUUUUGCAUCAUGUUAUCUAUCAUGUUUUAUACUUUUAUAUAAAAAUUCUGCAUUACGCAAAGAAGUAAAAUCCCCAACAAUGUGAUUGCUUUGUCAUUUGAGUCUUUGGAUGGAUGAUUUAACCCUGUAGUGGAUGUUACUGUAUCUGUGGCUUACAGAUAUCUUUUGGAUAAACCAUGAUUAUGUAAAGCACCGGGGGAUUAUAUUUCUAGAGAUAGGGGGAAUAUAUACAUUUAUAAAAAUAAUCUACUCCUACAAAAAGAUCACUUGCAUUAACCUUUUGAACUCCAGGUCGUGCUUCACUCACACUAUUUUUACUCUUUUGAUGUAGUCAUUAUACACCUCAGCUGAGCAGGCCAGCUAUUAUUUUGAGGACAGGUCAGGCUAC